GCCCCUAAGAUACUGCUUGUCACUCUGGGUGGAUAAGAUAGAGCGAGAGAGAAGAGGGUUUGGGUUUUCCAUUUGUAUUCGAUUGCAGAGAGAGAGAGAGAGGGAGAGAUGGCUGCAGCUGUGCAUUGCUGGGCUCUUCCGUCCAAAUUGAGUGCCCUAUCUCUCAACAACCCUUCUUCUGCUCACCUUAAACCCACUGCGGCGUUCAGUUCCCUGAGCCUCUCUGCUAGCAUCUCCCACAAUGUCUUCUCCUCAGGGUUUUUGUUGAUGAGCCCUGUUGUGAGGCCGAAUCGUCUCUCCAUUAUUUGCAAGGCAGCUUUGACCAAGAACGCAGAUUCAGCUGAGAAGAGAGCUCGCCAAAAUGAGAAGAGGCGUCUCAGAAACAAGUCAAGGAAAUCCGAAGUCAGGACUAGGAUGAAGAAGGUUCUGAAAGCACUAGAGUUACUACGGAGGAAAAAAAAUGCAAAACCCAAAGAAGUACUUUCAAUUGAGCAGUUGAUUGCAGAGGCUUAUUCUGCUAUUGAUAAGGCUGUGAGAAAAGGAGUCUUGCACAGGAACACCGGAAAAAGGAGGAAGUCUAGACUUGCUAGGAAAAAGACGGCGGUCGAAAUUCACCACGGUUGGUAUACUCCUGCGCCGCCUGCCACUGUCUAAUUCGGCUUUUUUCCAUGUUAUGUGUAGAAUCAAGGUACUUGUUUCGUUUUUCCUUUUCUUGAUAGAGUACGCUUGCUAUCAUAUUUUUGUCAUAGCUGUUGUAUAUUUUCCUGCAGAUGCAAUGCAAAUCCCAUAUUUUCGUUUA